GUCGCUCCCUGAAUCUCUGGAACAUUUGGAAAUUGAAACCCUAGCGAAGUACCUUCCUCAAACUUCUAUUUCUCAAUGAAAAUGGCGAUUUUCCAAGUAAGAACUUGGCUCUCAAGAAGAUUCUCAUCUGUUUCUUCCCAAACUUUGCGAGUAUGUGUUGUUGGAAGCGGACCCGCUGGCUUCUACACCGCUGAAAAGAUGUUGAAGGCGCAUCAAGGAGCGCAAGUUGAUAUCAUUGAUAGGUUGCCCACGCCAUUUGGAUUAGUACGCUCUGGUGUAGCGCCUGAUCAUCCCGAAACAAAGAUUGUGGUUAAUCAGUUUUCCCGGGCUGCACAACAUGAACGGUGCUCAUUUUUUGGAAAUGUGAUGCUUGGAUCUUCUCUUUCUCUGGCAGAGCUUCGUGAGCUGUACCAUGUGGUUGUGCUAGCCUAUGGUGCUGAAAGUGACAGAGUUCUGGGUAUUCCUGGAGAAGAUCUUAUUGGCAUACACUCAGCUAGGGAAUUUGUUUGGUGGUAUAAUGGACAUCCAGAUUGUAAAAACCUAGAUCUUGAGCUGAAGAACACUGAUACAGCUGUCAUCCUUGGUCAGGGGAAUGUAGCUCUUGAUGUUGCACGUAUCCUUUUACGGCCGGCAACAGAAUUGGCAACAACUGAUAUUGCCAGCCAUGCUUUGGCUGCUUUAGAGGAGAGCUCUAUAAGGAAAGUGUAUUUGGUUGGAAGACGUGGACCAGUCCAAGCAGCUUGUACUGCUAAAGAGUUACGUGAGGUUCUUGGUAUUAAAGAUCUUUAUAUUCAAAUACAGGAAGCUGAUCUUCUUAAGACCCCAGAAGAUGAGGAAGAAAUAAAGAAUAAUCGAAUUCAGAGAAGGGUUUAUGAGUUGCUCUCCAAGGCAGCGACCACUGGACAUUCCUAUCCAAGAUCAGGUCAACGUGAACUCCAUUUUGUUUUCUUCCGGAAACCAGAUAGAUUUCUGGAUUCAGAUGAAAGAAGAGGCCAUGUUUCUGGUGUGCACUUUGAGGAGACAGUUCUUAAAGAUGUUGGUGGUGGAAAACGAGUUGCAGUUGGUACUGGAAAAUUUGACGACCUUCAGUGUGGAAUGGUGCUAAAGAGCAUUGGAUACAAAUCAGUACCAGUCGAUGGUUUGCCUUUUGAUCAUCAGAAAGGUGUAGUCCCCAACAUUAGAGGUCGAGUUCGUCACAAUACUUCAGAAGAUCCAACUCGGCUUGAGGAGGGCUUGUAUGUAUGUGGAUGGUUGAAAAGAGGACCAACUGGGAUCAUUGCUACAAACCUCUAUUGUGCUGAGGAAACUGUUGCGAGCAUAUUGGAAGACCUUGAUAAAGGAGUUUUGGCAACCAAAUCUAUCUCGCCCAAGCCAGGCAGAGAGGGCCUCCUCCACUUGCUAGAUAACCAAAAUGUCAGAUUCGUACCAUUUAAUGGUUGGGAAAAGAUAGACUCCACAGAAAGGAGAGUUGGGAGUCUUAAAAAGAAACCCCGGGAAAAAUUAGCCACUUGGGAGGAGCUACUGAAAGCUGCAACGGAAUAAAACAACAUCACAUGUGAACCGUGAGUCUACAUGAGAUGAUUCCACAUGUGAGGGCGAGAGUGAAAGAAAUAAGUCGUUAAAUUUGCGUAUCUUUAGGAGAAUAGAUGAUUUAUUCUGAGAUUAGCACAAUUUGAAAACCUACCUUUGAUCAAAGGUAUCUACAAGUCCUAGUGCGGGAACUGAAUCUGAGUGAAGUAUUCAGGGAGGUGGUCCAAACUCAAAGUGGUACGACUGCCAACACACCUUACAAACUUAUACUUCAAGCCGAUUUAUAUGGAGGUCAAGGUGGAGGCUCCUCUUCGCUAGUUACAAACAAAGGUUGACAUUCUUGAUAUUUCCUUGACCAUAUAUAUAUCUGACAUCUAUUGUCAACUUUGCUAUUUGUUUUUGAAUGAAUUCAAGUUUUUGGCUUCCGUGCUUUCUCAAUCGUUACCCUGCUUUCUUUCACUCAUUGUGGGCAACUUUGGCAUGCCAGACUUUGCAUGAAAAAAGAUAGUGGAGGCAAAGCUGUGCAUGCCUAUCCUUUCAUGUGCUUUUCAGAUUCAUGUCGACUAAUCCAUAGAAUUCCACUUUUCAUCCCUUUCCUUUUCUUUUUUCCUGGAAGGAUGACUAAGAUUUUCUUUCCAUUGUUAUUGCAAGAUCAAGCCUUCCUUAUUUUAUUUUAUUUGACAUAAAUCCGCUUAGUUUUGGUGAUUAAUAGUUUGUGUAAAUGGUCAAAUCCCACCCAAGUUUUUUUUCAAUCCCAAGCACUUGCAAAAAAGCUGCCAUCUUCAACGUGAUCAGCUUCUCAAAGUCCUCGAAUAUGCGCAGACUUCUGGUGUAUUUCAUCAUGAGAGGAUUGAAUUUUUCUCAAUUCUUUAGGCUCUCUCACUGUCACAUCAGCGUGCCAUUUGUUGCACCUAAAGGUUAUCCAACUAUAAACUCCACUAAAGACUGCCGGUUUUGGCUGGUAUGCAGCUGGAAGACGCUUGCCUUCUGAGGGAAAAAAAUUGUUAAUGUCACUAUUACCUGAAAUUACCCUGCAGAUGUCCUCCAAAAUUUGCCAUGUAAAAAACCAUUCAGGGAAGAUACUAUGAACUCAUUGGUUUUGUAAAUCAUGACGUGGUACUUUCAUACCCACCAUGUCCCUAGAGAUACCUCUCUGGUAAGCACUAGCAUCAAGGUUGUGAAAAGCAAUGAUUUCAAUAUUUGAUUUCAGUGUUUGGGACAUGAAUCGUGAGGCACUUGAAGAUUAUCUCCUCCUGUUGCUAAUGUCAAACAUCUUUGAUCUUUUGCUCUUGGAUUCCCAGCAUCCUAAUGAAAUUUUAUGGCUUCACGCAUACAAAUUCAUGUCAAAACAAGAAUCUAGAAGCUUGUUUACAGGGACCUUCAUAUUAAUGACAGCCUGACUGCUUGAUGAAAUCCUCGAAAGCCUUCAUAUUUUGUUCUCAACUGUGACGGAUUGAAUAAUUGGAUGAGGAUUUCUGAAAGUUGUACCACAUUCUUAUUGAAAUUUCAGGGAAUAAUGCCUGAUGAGGGGCUGGAGGACCCUAACAAAAACUAUAUUCAGAUGAUGCAGUGCAAAAAGAACAAAUAGAUCCAGUUUGAGCUAAGGAGGUGACCGCUGAAGUAUUGGCUACAUAAUCCAACUCAUUGAUUAUUCAAAUGGGAUUUUGGACCACAUUCGGAAAAGGGUUUUGCAGUUAACUGCUCCAAUGUCAAAGAAAUUCUGAUGUUAUAGAAGAAUAUCAAUAAAACUUGCUACCAGUCCUUUCUUAAUCCAGCUAUAUUGAGUACUGGAGGUUAUACUGUUGUCAAUUGUCACAGACUUUUACCUUUUGGCUAUGGUCUUAGAGAAUCUGGCGAUUCUCUGCCGAACAUCAGGAACCACUGUGAAUGGCUCGGUUGAUUGAUAGAAUAAUACUAAACGAGUGCUUCCAAUUCCAACUCAUUUGCACGCGGCAAUGAGUUGGGAUGAUUAUUGCAGGCA